AUGUUGAACUUUGAAGUUGACAUUUUUGCAAGAGAAAUCAUCAAACCAUCCUCACCACAAAUCAAAGGCAUGAAACCUUUCAAACUCACCUUCUUUGAUCAACUCACCCCCGCAACUAACGUCACAAAUAUCUUGUUCUACUCCAUCAGUGGAACGAGUUUCACUCCCGCCGUUAUCUUGCAUCAGCUAAAGACCUCACUCUCAGAAACCCUAAACAUCUUAUAUCCAUUUGCUGGUCGGAUCAAAGACAACAUGUUCAUCGACAGCUUCGAUGAAGGCGUUCCGUUUGUAUCGGCUCAAGCCGGUUGUCGGUUGUCCGAGUUCCUCAAGCACCAUGAGGUCAAGUCAUUGAACAAAUUGCUUCCAUGCCCUCCAUUCUCCAAAGAAUUGAAAAAUGAGGUUGUCCCCCUUUUGUGCCAAGCCACCAUUUUCGCUUGUGGUGGGAUAGCCAUAGGGUUCGGCGGUUCUCAUAAGUUGAUUGAUGGGCAAACGUAUUUUAAUUUAUGCAAUGUUUGGAGGACAAUCUGUCGAGGAUCCCAUUAUCGUGAUGUUGGAUUUCAUGGUUUAGCUGAGGGAUCCAAGGUGUUUCCACCUCUAAACGAAGUGCCAGAAAAUUACUUGUCAACGAUGGAGAACUUGUGGUUCCAGGGAUCUCAUAAUUACAUUACAAAGAGAUUCACAUUCGACGCCAAGUCCAUAACCGAACUGAGGGCCAUUGCCAAAGGGGAACUCGAGGCUACACCCUCUCGGGUUCAAGCUUUAUCAGGUUUUAUCUGGAAACAUUUUAUGGCAGCGACGCGGACGAUGUCGGCAUCCUCGAAACCAUCUAUAGCAGUUCAAGCUGUGAACCUUAGGCCAAGAAUGAACCUUCCUUUGUUACAUAAAUCGAUUGGAAACCUCUUCUGGUUUGCAAGUUGCGCUGCAGAUAUCGCUGACGAGACCAGCACUGAGUUAUUCGAGUUGGUCAAGUUGAUGCGAGAAUCCGUGGAAGCUUUCGAUGAUGAAUACUUGAAUUCAUUACAAGGGGAACAAGGGUUUGAAGCCACGGGGGACUUAAUUAACCAGCUGGAAACCCUAUUUUCCCAUGAAAAACCAGACAUGUUGGCCUUCUCAAGCUGGUGUGAUCUCAGACUUUACGAGUUUGAUUUCGGGUGGGGCAAGCCGCAAUGGGUUGCUCCAUUCGGGGAAGUCGCGUCUGAUUUUAGGAACCUUAUUGUUUUUCUACCAACAAAGUGCGGGAAAGGCAUUGAAGCAUGGACAACAUUGGAUGAAAGAAGGAUUUUUGUUGGAGAAAGAUGCUGA